UGGAUGGAAGUUGCUUUUGGCACGGAGGGUGCUCUUUCUUUAUCAUCUUAAGCAAGCGUAUCAUUAGAAAGACACCAGAAAACAAGGCUUCAUGAAACCGAGCGUCAUCCCCGACCAACGAAACGGUGGAACCCGGAGAAAUCCGCGCGAUUAGGAAUAGAAAAGGAUCAUAAUUUGUGAUCUGUUUGGCUGCAGUUGAAUCAUCGCAAAGAAAGAAAACAGCGUCAGGCGAGGCUCGUACGAGUCGGCGAUAGUCUGAUAUGUGUGAAUUGACUCACCUCGCCUUGACUGUGGCAAAAAUCGAUAUUUAAUGAUGCAUUAAAUGUAACUGGCAGGACAAGAAAUAAUCUUCGUUAGUUGUAAUAAACGGUAGUUUAUGUGUCUUAUGCCAUUCAGGAGUAAGUUAAAUGUCUGACCAAGUGUUAGGUUUUUAUUUUUUUUAAGUUAGCAGUAGAAAAAUAGUUUCUUGGCUGGACAUCUGCUUAUGAAUUGCAUGAUAUUUAAAUAUCUUUAAUUAGUCAUGUUUAUUUAAGUAUGUGAAAGAGCAGCAACCUGUAACCUGACAUUCGUGUGCUGUGACUGACAUAGUUUACUUGUAAUUUAUUUGAGCUUUGUCAAGCUUAUAUAAGCUUUGUGAUUUGUAUGUUUGUGUGUAAAUCGUUAACAUAAAUCGUUUUAUGUUAUUAUUUAUAAGCAUGGUGACAGUGGAAUGCAUAGAUAGCUGUAUUGCAACACUUGUGUUUUUACAUAUCUGACGUAACGAGCGUCGCGUGUCACUCAAACUGUGAAGAACUUUAAGCGUGUGGGCUUUGUUAGCGUAGUACUUUGUUGAAGUCGGACUACAUUGAGGAAGGUUUGUUGAUUUAACGGUGGAUUGUUCAAGAUUCUUCGAGAGGGACGAUCCCGAUCUGGCGCGGUCAGAGAUCCUCGUUGAUAUUCCCAAUUUCUCCCCGCCAAUGCUGGAUCUGGAGGUCGUUCCUGAGCGAUCUUUGGGAAAUGAACAAUGGGAAUUCGCAUUAGGGAUGCCAUUGGCCCAGGCCAUUUCCAUAUUGCAGAAACAUUGCCGAAUCAUAAAAAAUGUCCAGGUGCUCUACAGCGAACAAAUGCCACUCUGCCAUGACCUCAUUCUCAAUUUGACUCAGGAUGGAAUUAAACUGCUGUUUGAUGCUUGCAAUCAGAGACUGAAGGUAAUUGAAGUGUACGAUUUGAUCAAAGUGAAACUGAAAUACUGUGGAGUACAUUUUAACUCUCAGGCAAUAGCACCUACUAUUGAACAGAUUGAUCAGUCUUUUGGCGCUACUCAUCCGGGAGUCUACAAUGCUGCCGAGCAGCUUUUUCACCUGAACUUUCGUGGGCUUUCCUUCUCCUUCCAGCUGGACUCUUGGAGUGAAGCUCCUAAGUAUGAGCCUAACUUUGCCCAUGGCUUGGCCUCCCUGCAGAUUCCCCAUGGGGCCACUGUCAAACGGAUGUACAUUUACUCUGGAAACAACCUUCAAGAAACCAAGGCUCCGGUGAUGCCUCUGGCCUGUUUCCUUGGUAAUGUUUAUGCAGAGUGUGUGGAAGUUUUGAGGGAUGGGGCAGGACCACUGGGUCUUAAAAUCCGUCUCCUAACUGCAGGAUGUGGCCCGGGUGUUCUGGCUGAUGCUAAAUUACGGGCACUUGAGAGGAAUAUUUACUUUGGAGACUCUUGUCAAGAUGUAUUGAGUGCUCUUGGCUCUCCACAUAAGGUUUUCUACAAGUCAGAGGACAAGAUGAAGAUCCAUUCGCCCUCCCCUCACAAGCAAGUCCCAUCCAAAUGUAAUGACUACUUCUUUAACUACUAUACUCUGGGAGUGGAUAUGCUGUUUGACUCUACAACCCACCUGGUGAAAAAAUUUGUCCUUCACACCAAUUUUCCAGGCCAUUACAACUUCAACAUAUAUCACCGAUGUGAUUUCAAGAUUCCACUUACCAUUAAAAAAGAUGGAGCAGAUGCUCAGAGUGAGGACUGCAUCCUUACCACCUACAGCAAAUGGGAACAGAUUCAAGACUUACUUGGACACCCCAUGGAAAAACCAGUUGUGCUUCACAGGUCAUCAUCUGCGAACAACACCAACCCCUUUGGUUCCACGUUUUGUUUUGGACUGCAGAAGAUGAUAUUUGAGGUCAUGCAGAAUAACCACAUAGCUUCUGUGACUCUGUACGGAGCACCUCGUCCCGGUAGCCAUGCCCGUGCCGAGCCAAGUGCCCACUGAGGAAGACACCCAUGGCCACGUUGCCUGUCCAGCCUGGCAGAGCCUCUGAACUGACCAAUAGAGUGUGUCUUCACUCACUGCUGCAUCACACAAGCUAAAGCAAAAAGCAUGCUGGGAGUUUCUCUGGAGUUUCCUCAACUCAUCCCCCCACACCAUGUUAGAGGCCCCAGUUCUGUCUUUUUAACAAGAGCACGGAAGCAGCCCUAAGCCUGCUAAUUAUCCCCAAUUACCAUGCAAACCUGGCUCCGCCUUCAAAGCUUUAAUUCAGACAUUCAUCAGUGUCCGCAUCGAUCGUACUUGUGGAUACACUGUGAUCCAUUUCCACUCACACACUUAUGCAUACACAUGCACAUUUGUUUAUUCAUGCAUUGUCAAAUGUUGCCGGUGCAUUCAUUUUUAUUAUCAAAGAAGCCAUUUUUUGCCUAACCUUCCAAAUGUUCCAUACCAGAUGCACCAAAUGGCAUACAUUUGACCUCUGCACAUUAAACACUUAAACAAAACACACAUCCAUUCAACUUAAUUUGUUUUCCAACAGAUGCAGAGGAUGCAUUCAGAACAAAGUCAAACAUGGACAUUGAUUGCACAAGUUAGAGUGACGAGUGUGUUUUGUAUGCAGUUGAUCUAUGUAAGAUUACAAGCACAAGCUAACACAGUGUGAAAGCGCACUGGUGGAUUCAGUGCUAUGAGCAUGUUCUCUUGGCACAUGAGCAGGCUUGCACAUACACACAGACUUACACUCAUAAACAUACAUAAACUCAUGCCAUUUCAUACCAAGUCAGUAGUACAGAUUACCUCCCAUUUCAAUGCCGUACAGUGCAACCAUCCGCUUGUCUUUGAGUUGGUAUUGUAGUUUUUUGAAAUAGGCUUUUCUUUCAAAGAGACAUGUGCGCAUUAGUUUUUAACAUUUGCACUAAAAUGCACCUACUUUACUUGAUAAUUGUCUCCUGUCCACUGAGGAAUGUUUUAAUUGUUGAGUCUCCGAGAGACAGAGGAAAGAGCGGGGGAGUGCAUGACGACGUGCAACCUGGAUUUCAGAGCUCUGAAAGUAGCACUCCUAACCGGAGAGAAAAGCCAUCCAUCCUUUUAUUUAUCCAUCCUGCUGGAUCACAUGGCAUCACAUCCAUUAGCAUCCUCCUUUGCACUUUCUUUUGUCCAUGGUAGACAGACGUGAAGUUUAUCUCUUACCUUAUUCAGUAUCUUAAUGUCUUAACGUCAGAAUUUGGUUUCUGUCAUUUGAUUGCCAAAAUGCAGCCAAAGAAGAAGCAACAGUCAGUUCUCUUGUCAUUUUAAAUAUUUCAUCAUACCACAGCAUAAGAACAUUCCCUCUUAAAUUGGAUUCAGACAGUCCCUAAUUAGUUUUAGCAUUCAAUUUAUUGAUUGAUUCUUGCAUUUUGAAUUGUCUCACUUUCUACUCUACGGAGUUUGAUGGCGGUGUUUCUGUAGCAAGUAGGUGUGGUGCUUUCUGCAACACUCUCCGCUGGUGUGUUCAUGUCUGUACAGAUCUGUAAAUAGUGUGCAGUUUCUUUUGUCUCAUUGGUUUAAGCUAAUGGUACAAUAGUGGAUCAGCUAAAGUCUGGAACUCUCCUACACUGCAAACAUGGUCAUGAUUAUCUUAACUGACAUUGGUGGGGGACUGAUUUAAAUGGUAACUCCUCCACAACUGAGAGUUUCUGGACUUUCUUCUGAGUGCCCUUGAGGGACACCAUAGUAGCAUCCCUCCACUGUUGAGCUGGAUGGAGCUGCCUAUGUUUGACCACUAUUAGGAGAGGAUCAGGACUUGUGAUUUUAACUGAGAUAAAAACAGUGUUUAAGUUCACUAGAUGGUUUAUAGAGUUCACCUCAAAUAGCUACUGUUCAUUGCUAUACUGCCCUUCUUUUGUGUUUUAAACAUAUUUCAGAGGGACUUGUAAUGUGUGCAGUGGCAGCAUUGCCACCCAUAGAUGUCAACCUACUCUCACUCCUUUGGUGACAUUCCCAACUACUUUCAGGCUUCUGCAGUGUGCAGUGCAGAUUUAUUUGUGCAUUUAGAUCUCUUUUACAUGUACUUUUCUCAUAAACUGUGCUGGGAAGGUGUUAAAGAUGUUUUGUUAUAUUUUACCCUUGGCUGUGGGUGAUUUAAAAAAAGGAAAAUAUGAAUAACAUUGUGCCUCAUCUCCCACCGAGCCUAUCUUGACUUUUCUCUGUAAAUGAAAUCAUUUUAACUGCUUUGUUUUUGUCUGAGCAUGUAAAGCUAAACUGAUAGAUAGUCAUUGUCCUUUUGUUCCAAAAAAUUUACCUAAACAAUUUAAGAAAUUAUCAAGAAAAAACAGACUCAAGGUUGGGUCUAGAACUCUUGUCAUUAAGGGCUUGUUUACUGGAUGUUCAAAAUGUUAUUGAUCAUCAUUAAAUCAUCAUUUAAUUGAUGAUUUAACUCUGCCUUUUAUGUACAAAAAUAAAGUUAUGCUGUUUUAUAAUGGCAGUCAAUAAAGUCAUGCAUAGUGACUGUUUUUUUUUAUUGAUCCUUACAUGAAAUUUGGGUUUUACUAAUUCAAAUCUAUUGUGUCGAACAUGCAGGUUGCCCUCCAUGAUUUGAGCUUCACAUUGUUUUUGUGAUGUUUCUAGAGAAAUACAGCUAGUACUUUGUUGAAUCUCUAUGAAGUUCGAUUUUAAUUACUUUAGGGUCAAGUAUAUAAGGUUAGAUCUUUGAGAAAACAAAAAAAACAGAAACAAACAUUUUAACUGUUCUGGGCUAAAGAUCUAGUCUAGAUGCACAAUGGGAACCACAAUUAAGAAUUUGUCCGUUGUUAAUGAAGAGCAACGCAACCACUGUUUUAGUGUCAUUUAGGGAAUGUUACUGUGGGGGAGUUUGGUCUGAUGGGCUGAUUGCCUGCCCAAUCUCAGGUGGUUCUUUUUAAUUGCAGGAGCAAGUGAAUGCUUUCAUCAAAUGGGUUUUGGCCGUAUUGUUCCAUCUUCAAACUUUCUCAUAUAUUUGCAUCGUAAUGAAUGAAUGAUUGAUUGUCAUGGGGAUUGUAUUUAGAAAUGAGCAACCCCCAUUCAGUGUAAUGCGCAUAUUGUUGCUAUGUAUUGUAUUCCUCUAUAUUGUAUGUUUUUCCCCCAUCCUCCAAAGUAAAUAUUUUUUGUGGAUUUAUUACAUUUCUGGAAAUGGGACUUGUUCUCAAUUAAAAAAAGUGUAUAUCUAAAUUUAUUGCAACGUGGUGUUUUGUAUCUCAGAUAUUUUUACUUCUGUAGAUUAAGGAACAUGCACACAGAAGAUUGACAUUAUCAGGCAAUUAUUUUUGUUUGUUUCUAUCUUUUGUUUUUAAACAAUAACCAUAGCACCGAUGGACUGUAGAUUGGAAUGGUCUGAUAUGCAGUAUGUUCGUAAAAAGCUCAGAAAUGGUGCAAAAAUGCUGUGACAAUUGGAUUUUUAAGUUUUCCUCAUUGCAUCUACUGAAAGCAAUUUAACAAAAUUUGCCAAAUCUGCAUUUUGUGCAUUAAAACUGUUACAGUGUGUUCAACAUACAAAUAAUCAAAGAAUGGAUGUAAUAAAUAU